AUGGCUGGACCAAUUGGGAUUGAUCUUCUUGGUACCUACACCAAAUUGGAGGACACCAUGGCGAAUUCGGCAUCUGGAAUGGCUGUGCUAGAUGAUUGCAAGCUGAAGUUCUUAGAAUUAAAAGCAAAGAGAAACUAUCGCUUCAUUAUCUUCAAGAUUGAGGGUCAAGAAGUGGUGGUGGAGAAGCUUGGAAGUCCAGCGGAAAGCUACGAGGAUUUCACUGCCUCUUUGCCAGCCGAUGAGUGCCGUUAUGCUGUCUUUGAUUUCGAUUUCAUCACCGAUGAGAAUUGUCAGAAAAGCAAGAUCUUCUUCAUUGCUUGGUCACCAGAUACAUCAAGGGUGAGAAUGAAGAUGGUGUAUGCCAGCUCCAAGGAUAGAUUCAAGAGAGAACUGGAUGGAAUUCAAGUUGAGUUGCAAGCAACAGAUCCUAGUGAAAUGAGCCUUGACAUUGUCAAAAGCCGAGCUCUCUGA